AAAACUCCAAAAUUUUCAGUCCUUGUUUUACCUUCUCUGUGAAGGCACUGAAACGCACGCAGCACUAAGAAAGAAAAAAAACCUCUCCUUUUCUAUAAAUUCCUGUGGGAAGAAUCAUACCUUCCCCUUUCUCUUUCUCUUUUUUUUCCUAACAUUUGUUUGGCCUUCUCUUCUGUCAUUAUUCUUGAAUCUUUGCAAGGCCAACAAGACCAGAAUAUAGAAAGAAAAAAAAGCCAUAAAAUGGAACAAGAAAAGGCACUUUGUGUUAGAUACCUAGCGGCAUUCCUUCUUGUGUUCUUCACCAUGGCCUCAUGCGGCUCAGGUGUUGGAGUUAACUGGGGAACCAUGGCAACUCAUAAGCUUCCCCCAAAUAAGGUGGUCAAGAUGCUUCAAGAAAACCGUAUCGAUAAACUGAAGCUGUUUGAUGCUGAAGAGUGGAUUAUGGCAGCACUGAUGGGGACUGAUAUUGAAGUGAUGCUGGCAAUACCCAAUAACAUGUUGGAGGAAAUGAGUAGGAAUCCUCAGGUUGCAGAUUCUUGGGUUUAUGAAAAUGUCACUGGUUACAUGUACCCUGGUGGACUAAAUAUCAAGUAUAUUGCUGUGGGAAAUGAACCUUUCCUUAAGGAAUAUAAUGGCGCCUAUCUACAGUCAACUCUGCCAGCUCUUAAGAACAUACAAACAGCACUCAAUAGUUGGGGCUUUGGUUCACAGAUUAAAGUCACUGUUCCCUUCAAUGCUGAUGUUUACUAUUCCCCUGACUCAAAUCAAGUGCCAUCAGCUGGUGACUUCAGGCCUGAAGUACGAGACCAAACCAUUGAAAUAGUCCAAUUCUUAUAUGCAAACAAUGCACCUUUCACAGUCAACAUCUACCCUUUCCUUAGUCUUUAUGGAAAUGAUCAUUUCCCUUUUGAUUUUGCAUUUUUUGAUGGGAGCAACAGGCCUCUUAUAGACGGUAAUUCGGCUUAUACCAAUGUGUUUGAUGCAAAUUUGGAUACCCUUCUCUGGGCCUUAGAGAAGUCAGGGUAUCCAGAUAUUGAAGUUAUAGUUGGAGAAGUUGGAUGGCCAACUGAUGGUGACAAAAAUGCUAAUGUCCAGAAUGCAAAAAGGUUCAACAUGGGUUUGCUUAAGCAUGCUUUGAGUGGAAACGGUACCCCUAAAAGAAAAGGCAUAAUUGACAUUUAUCUAUUCAGUCUGGUUGAUGAGAAUGCUAAAAGUAUUGCUCCUGGCAACUUUGAGAGGCACUGGGGGAUUUUUGAGUUUGAUGGCAAGCCAAAGUAUGAAUUGGACUUAAGAGGACUUGAAGAGAAUAACGGUUUGGUCCCUGUGGAGGGUAUAAGGUACAUGGAAAAGCAAUGGUGUAUCUUGGAUUCAAAUGUUAAGGACCUGCAUAACUUAGCUGAGAGUAUUGACUAUGCUUGUAGCAAAUCAGAUUGCACUGCUUUGGGCUAUGGUUCUUCUUGUAACAGUCUAAGUCUCCAAGGGAAUGCUUCUUAUGCCUUUAAUAUGUAUUAUCAAGUAAAUAACCAAAAGGAUUGGGAUUGUGAUUUCUCUGGCUUGGCUACAGUAACAGAUGAGGAUCCAUCUGAAAAGGGUUGUCAAUUCCCGAUAAUGAUCUCUUAUGGCUCUUCUUUACUACAGCAGGAAAGGCUAACAAACAUUCUGAAGAAAGCUUUGGGUAUAUAUAUAUUUGUAAUUUUACUAUAGUUUACUGAUUAAAGAAGCUAUGGAGCACUUAAAGAAUGUGCCCCUUCCAUUUUUUUUCUUCA